GUUCAAUUUUCAGUUAGCAAUAAUUGUUUUUUAUAAAGAUGGAUUCUAAAAAAAUCAUUACACUGACCAUCGUGUCAUUUUUUAUCUUAAUAACAAUUACAGUCGUUUAUGGAAGACCCAGCGGUGAAGGAAGAAAUGGUAAUAAUAAUAAUUACAAUAGAGGCAAAGGAGUUGCGAGCGGAUCGUCAGAAUAUGUUCGCUAUUUCGGAUUACCGGAUAAAUAUGCUGAAGAAAGGAAACAUAUAAGUGCAGCUAUCGCAAAUAGUGAAGGUUACAAUUUCGACAACCUAAUGUCUAAAGUAUGGAAUAAAUCAGGUGAAAAUUCCGGUACUUCAACAGACAAAAGAAAAUGUCCGUUUUGUUCAGUUCAAAACAAUCGAAGCGUAGAUAGUAAGAGCUAA